AUGCAGUGGAUCUGGUCCGAUCGUCAGUUUCUUGCAAAGAUUUGCACGUCUCAACCCAGCAAUCAUCGCUUUGGGAAGGGCUCUGCCACUCGUACACGGCAGAAAUCUGGCAGACCCAGCGUGGAGAUGAAGUUGAAUUUCCUGAACGAGAAGAUGGUGAAAGUGCCAAGCAGUACUUCGAGAGGCUGUAUGAAAGAUACAUCUUCUUCAGAGACUGUGAUACUGUACGUUGCAACAGAUGCAACGAUUGGACGAGCAUCGGGGAUGACGGCCUCGAGUGUGAGGACUGCAAAGGGAUUUGGUGUGACAAAUGCGCGACACGUGGACCCUCAAAGCAUUGGCUUCCUUGCAAAGAUUGCCCAGAUUUUUCCAAGACUCAUUGUCUUGAAUGCUUCCAUGACGGCAAGACACUACGCUGCGAGUGCCAUGGUACUGAUAGCUGGUCUCAUUGCUGUGGGCGACAUGCUUUUAACUGCGAAAAAUGUAAUGCGACCUUGUGCAGAUUCUGCGUGA